AUGGCAUUUUUAACUCCACCCAAUUUAAAUACUCUAGUUUAUAGAAAUAUGACAAUAACAGAUAAACCAUAUUUUUUUAAUAAACACUUGCAAUUUAUCACAAUUUAUAAUGAAAAAAGUGUUCUUCUUGGAGGCAGUAACCUAACAGAUCGUUAUUGGAAUGGUUCUGUUUGGUAUUAUAAUGAUAUUACAAAUUUUGAUAGAGAUAAAGCAGCUCUUGUGGCAAAAACAGAAAGUGGUGUUUGUGAUGCUGUCUUUUUACAAAGUGAUAAAUUUGUAAUUGGUGAAGAUAGUGGAACUUUGCAAGUUUUUGAUUUAUCUACACAACCUAUUGACUCAAAUGAAUUACAAUCUACAGGAUAUGCUGCUUUACAUGAUAGUAGUUUGUUAACUCUGUCUGUAUUUGUUGAUAAAGAACAUGUAGUAUCAGGAGGAAUGGAUUGUUGUAUAAAAAUAUGGAACAUAUCGGAGUUAAUGGCAACAUAUUCAUUUGGCUUUGCUCAUACAGAUACAGUCACUUGUGUUGAUGUUAAGCCGGGAAGUAAUUCAGAAUUUGUGUCAACAUCAUCAGAUUGCAAAGCAUUAAUAUGGGAUACAAGGCUACAAAAACCAGCCCAAUGUAUUUUAGAAAGGGAUGCUGGUUUAACAGCAGUAUGUUGGAAUCUCAGUUUACCAAAUGUUUUAGCAAUAGGUAGUGAAGAUGGAGAGAUUAUAAUAGUUGAUGCCAGAAAGGGGAGUGUAAAAGUAUUAUCAGAAUCAUUUGCAUUUUGUAGACCAGUACAUAGACUGUCAUUUAAUCAAAAUUUAGGAAGGACAGAAGAAUUAGCUGCUUGCUGUGAUGAUAUUUCUGUAGAAGUGUUUGAUAUAACCAAUGAGCUUUCAUUAAUAUAUAAAGAUGAUCGUCACACUGACUUUGUACGUGGUCUUACAUGGUUUGACAGUCAUUUAUAUUCUUGUUCCUGGGAUAAUACAGUGUUAAAACAUACAAUAAAUCUUGAGAAUCAUGUAUAACUUAUUUAAUAUGACUAUGAUUUAAAUUGUUU